UUAGCUUUAUUUACACAGAAAUGCCUGGAGACACAGGUGAAGAAGACUCUGUUAGUAAUAUGUCAGAAGACCUACAGAUUGCAGAUAUAAAGAAAGUUUCUGAUUCAGAUGAUGUUACUGUAAAUACUACUCCAGAGAAUCGGACAGCUCUGCAUAUAACGAAAGAAACAGCUAUGACAAACAUCCUUGAAUAUGACAGGGACUUUGCCAACUCCACCCCAGCAGCUCUGGAAGCUACACAAAUAAAGAAGGAGACGAUUGAUAUAGAUGAUGAUUCUACAAGCACUACCUCAGAAGACAGAUCUUGUACACCAGUAGCAAAACGGAUUGUUGGGACAGACAAUCACAUUCCCUUGGAAGAAGCACAAAAUCACUUUACAGUUAUUACGGUUAAUGAUACGGGAGCAGGAAAACACUGGAGUGAUAAUGAAGUUAGGGCUCUGAUAAACAUAUGGUCAGAUGAAAAGAUACAACAAAUGCUUGAAGGGGCCACAAGAAAUAAAGAAAUAUUUGAGGAAAUUGCCAGAAGGUUAAUGAAAUGUGGUAUAGAGAGAGACUGGAAACAAUGUCGCACCAAGUACAAGAACUUAAAAUAUGAAUACCGUGCACUGCAGAAAGAAAAUGAACAUCUUGGAAAUCCCAGGAGAAAAAUGAGAUUUUAUGAUGAAGUUGACUGUAUCUUAAGAAGACAGCCUCUGGGAACCUCCGGCUGGGGGUGUGAAAGCUCAAGUCUCCUAUCAGUUUCAGUGGGAGAUGCUACAGACACAAGAUCUUUGAGUAUCAAGAGAAAAACAUGGAAUGAUGAGGUGUCAUCUGUUCCACUUAAGAAAAGUGCUUCUGAAAACACCAUACUUCACUUCCAAAAACUAUUAACAGAGAGAGUGCACACGGUAACGGAAGGCAAAAGGUUACUGUUUGAAAGGCUUUGUAAGCAGGAAGAAAUGCAAGACCUCAACACAACACAGCUGUAUGCUGAUCCAUCAGCCAUACAACAGGUUGGUUUCAUGAACUUUCUAUGAAAUUAACAUGCAAAUAGGUUCUGUCAAGUAGUAUGAAAUGAAAUACUUAAGAGUGUAUGUUACCCACAUGAGUACAUGAGCUUGCUUACCUUUAAUAGUCACCUUCAGUCAUUUAAACUAAAACAAGGUGUGAGUUUCCAUCACAAUCCUUAACUAGCAGGUGUUAGAAGUGAUGUCAGUUAGUUGAAUAAAAAAUAUGACU